AUGACUGCGCUACACGCCAUAUUGAACAUUCUGCACGAGAGAUUUGAGGGCAUGGUCAACUCACGUGGAGCUAGCGAAUGUGGUUUAUCAACAUUUUAUCAUCGUAAAACUACAAAUACAACCGAACAACCAGAAAGUACAACUGCUACAACCAGCGAUCGAUUGUCACCUGCCUAUUAUAAAUCGAACAAUAUACCCGAAGUGGACGAGGGUUGCAGUAUUUUUUACGUAUGCAGGCAGAAGCUUAGGACUGUCGAAAUCCCCAAACCCUGUAUAAAAUUCUGCGUCAAAAACAUUGAAUGUGAUAAUGGAAAAAUAACAAAUGGUGCACCCGGUCAAUGUGUAGAACUGAAUGAAGAAAUGGUGUCCCAUGAAUACAAAGAUGAGUUAGAAGGUACUACCAAUCCCCAAAAUUUGCAAGCGGCCAUGAUUUUGAUUGAGAUUAAUUUUCCUUGUCAGCCGGGUUAUUUGCCAGACAGCCGUAGUCGCUGUCGUGAAGUGUGGUAA